CUGAGGCUCUGCUGAAUGAGGAAGCAGCAGAGCCAUUUUUACUGUUGAGUAACUGCAUGCUGGUCUGCCUGUGUGAGAGAGAGGGUGAGAGAGCGAGCAAGGAGAAUUAAGAGCUCCGCCUGGAUCUUAUCGGAGCUUUCUCCCCUCUCUCACCUACCUCUCUCCUUGUGUACUGCCUGCUUGCUGCUUGUGUCCAUUUAAGCUGGGAAGGCCCUGGAGAAGACACACAAUGGAGCGAAGAGCCUGUGGCAACUGGCCUGUUGUACUGCUGAGAGGGGGAUGGGGUAGAGAGCGGACUGGUUCACUCAGCUAACACAGCCUGCUGGCUGGAGGCUUCCAAACCCUUUCCUUCCCACUUGGACCAACUGUUUCCAAACUGGGGCCCUUUUCCUGGACAGCCAUCCUCAAACUUCGUUUGGACUACACUAAGGAUUACUCACCAUGUUCUGUGGGAUUUUAGUAUACAUAUUGGAGCAUGAAGAAUAAAUCUCUCCUGUGUUUUGGAUGAGAGGAAAGGAAAAACAAACUUCUUUGUUAUUCUUUCAAGCCUCAUUCUUGUUUUUUGGAUUCAGUUUCUAUUUGGUAGAGUUCAUAAAUGGAUUACAAGAUGCAUGCCAAGUCAAACGAUUUGCUGGAUUUUCAAAAACUGGAUGCCCUCCUGGAAAAAAUUGCACACUCAGUCUCUGUAAAAAGAGAGUCCAAAGAGGAGUGCGAUGGGAUCAGCAGUGCUCUGUCAGUGGAGUCUGUGUCGGGGCCAAGACUGAGCUGGUGUCCUGCCAACACCACUACUCCUGCCCCUGCUCCAGCUCCCGCUCCGGGGCCCGAGCCCAUGCCCAACCCUGUUAGAAUGGGGGACGGCCUGGACGCAGCGCAGAUGUCGGGUGGUGGCAGCAGCCAGGGGCAGGCCCAGUCAAAUGGCAACCCCCCACCUCCAGAGUACAUCAACCUCGACAGGCCAAAACGCCAGACCAAUCAGCUUCAGUACCUGCUCAAGGUCGUGGUGAAGUCCAUUUGGAAGCACCAAUUUGCCUGGCCCUUUCAUCUACCAGUGGAUGCAGUCAAACUUAACCUGCCUGACUACUACACGAUAAUCAAAACUCCUAUGGACAUGGGAACAAUCAAGAAAAGGCUUGAAAACAGUUACUACUGGAAUGCCCAAGAAUGUAUCCAAGACUUCAACACAAUGUUUACCAACUGCUAUAUAUACAACAAGCCUGGAGAUGACAUAGUCUUAAUGGCUGAGGCUCUAGAGAAGGUUUUCCUCCAGAAGGUCACAGAAAUGCCUCAGGAAGAAACUGAGAUUGUUGUCAUGACAGGCAAAGGACGUGGACGGGGCCGACGAGAGGGAGGCUUGAACUUGAAACCAGGGGCCCUCAGCGAUCCUAUGUCCAUGUCUCCUCAAACACGGGGCCUGUCAAAUCUCUCGGCAGUACCGCAGACAAGAGGACCUGUGCAAGGCCCACCUUUGCUACCUCCCCAGCCUUUGAUGCAGGUCCAUGUACCCCCAACGUUACCUAGCCAUGCGCCGCAGCUUGGAGCUCCCUACUCUGUGGUCCAACCAGACUGUGCUCCUCAAGUUCCCAUCAUGACUUCUGUGCCUCCCCCUGCUCAGACCUCCCUUCCUCCUCUGCCAUCCAUCCAGAGCACUGCCCCCAUGCUGCAGAACUCUAUAACUAUGACCAAACAAAGAAAGAGCCAGAAAAGGAAAGCAGACACUACAACUCCCACAGCAAACGACCAACUCAGUGAAUCUUCACCCGCAGAGUCCAAAUCUGGGAAGACACUACCCAGACGAGAGAGUACCAGACCUACAAAACUGAUGAAGAAGGAGGCCCCAGACUCUCAGCAUCACAUAGGCAUGGGUAUCAGUCUGAGUGGACCAAGUGGAGGUCAUAGCCCCAAACCUCAAGAUCAGCUGGGAUAUUGUGCUAAUUUAGUUAGGGAGAUGCUGUCAAAGAAACAUGCUGCUUACGCUUGGCCUUUCUAUAAACCUGUUGAUGUUGAUGCACUUGGACUACACGAUUAUCAUGAUAUCAUCAAACAUCCCAUGGACCUCAGCACCAUCAAGGCCAAGUUGGAGAACAGGCAAUACCGGGAACCCCAGGAGUUUGCUGCUGAUGUACGAAUAAUGUUUUCCAACUGCUACAAGUAUAACCCACCAGACCAUGAGGUGGUAGCUAUGGCACGCAAACUACAGGAUGUCUUUGAGAUGCGCUUUGCUAAGAUGCCAGAUGAACCCGAGAGCAAGCCUCUGGUUUCUGCCCCAGCUCCUACACUUCACCAUCCUGCUCCUGUUAAGCCCCCGCCUCCUUUGGCCCACGUCGCCUCGUCCUCAGACAGUUCGAGUGACUCGUCUUCCGAGUCUGAGUCUUCCACAGAUGACUCUGAAGAGGAGAGAGCCCAGAGGUUGGCAGAACUCCAGGAACAGUUAAAGGCUGUUCAUGAGCAGCUGGCUGCCCUGUCUCAACCACAAGCCAGCAAACCAAAGAGGAAAGAGAAGGAGAAGAAAGAGAAGAAAAAAGAUAGGCUUAAGAAGAAAGGAAGCUUGCCUGGCCUUGAUGAAAUCCAGGAUGUUCCACAGUUCUCUAAGAAAACCAAGACCAGUAACAAUAACAGCAAAGAUAUUGUUCUCAAGAAGAAAUCCAGUAAAAAGGAGGGGAUGAAAAACAAUCAUCCCUCCAACCUGCAGCCAGUUCCCAGCCUGGAAGAUGACCUGGGGGCUGCUGGGUCCUCAACUACAGGGGAAAAGUGCAAGCCCAUGACGUAUGAGGAGAAAAGGCAGUUGAGCUUGGACAUUAAUAAGCUUCCUGGUGACAAGCUUGGCCGCGUAGUACAUAUUAUACAGUCCAGGGAGCCCUCGCUCAAAAACUCAAACCCUGAUGAGAUUGAGAUUGACUUUGAGACGUUAAAGCCCUCUACUCUUCGUGAGCUGGAGAGAUAUGUGUCUUCAUGUCUCCGCAAAAAGAAAAAGGUUCCAGUUGAGAAGAAUGUGGAGUCCAUGGCUACCUCCAAAAAGACUGGAUCUUCUUCAGAGAGCAGUGGUUCCAGCUCCGAGAGUGAAGCUGAGGGAACUGGAAUUAUAAAACAACAGAAAAAGAAGGGCCAGUCUGUGAAGGAUGGGAAGAAGGCGCAUCCUCCCACUGGCCCUGCUCAGCCUGGGCUUCAUUCCCUACCUGUAGGCCUUCAGUCUAACAGUCAGAUGAAGCAUCAUCAGCCACAGCAUCAGCCAUCUCCUGCAGGCUUCAUGGCUCCCCCUGUCGCUGCUCUGGAAUCUUCUCAGUUACUGGAGAGUAGCUUUGACUCUCUGCCGCCUUUCGGACAGCCCCUCAUGCAUCUCUCACAACACACAAGCAACUCCUCCUCACCACCACACCUCAACGCUCAUUCUGCUGGGCCUGUGUCACCUGAGACCCAUCCCUUCCUCAACCAGCACCCUGUCCUCACAUCUCCAGCCUUGCACAGUUCCAUGCCUCAGCAGCCAUCUCGACCCAGUCACAAGGCAGCACCUCUUCAUCCCAAACCACCUCAGCAGCAACCAGCACCUCCUCCUCAGCAGCAGCAGCAGCAGCAACAACAGCAACAGCAACAGCAACAGCAGCAGCAGCAGCAGCAGCAGCAGCUACAACAACAACAACAACAGCAACAGCAACAGCAACAUCUUCAGGCCCAGUCAGCACCACCACCACCACCACAGCACCAGCUGCCCUCUCAGAUCCUUCACCCGCCCCAGCCUCUGCACCAACGGCCCAUGUCCCCUCCAACACUCACGCCCCAGGGCUUGCUAUCUUCCCAACCACCACAGAUGCUGCUGGAGGAUGAUGAAGAACCAGGAUCCACAAUGCCUUUGAACCAAGUACCAUUGUUCCUACAGCAGUUUCAGCAACCCCGUCAACCUCAGCAGUCCAUGCAGUCGCUCCAGGCGCAGCAGCAGCAGCAACAACAGCAGCAGCAGCAACAACAACCAGGACAGACUUCUCUCCUUCAGUCCGUCCAUGGACAACUCUCGUCUCAGACUACGCUGCCUCAUCCCCAGCUCCCUGUUCAGUCGCAAGCUCAGCCUGCCCCAUCACAUCAGCCCCCGCCCCAACAAAUCCCUCUGCACCAGGUCCGACACAUGCAGCACAGUCAGCCACUACAACAGAACUACCAGCAGGGUCCUGGACUAGCUGGUCAGUCCCAGGGAUCUCAACACAAAGUAUCCAUGCCUGCCAACAAAGCACAGCAGAUCAUCCAUCAGCAGCAUGAACAGCCCUCCCCUCGCACAACCAAGCCGGAUCCUUACAACCCAGGUCACAUGAGGGACAACCCAUCCCCUCUCAUGAUGCAUUCCCCACAACUUCCCCAGUUCCCCCCUGUGUCCCACCAGUCUCCACCCCACAACAUGCAGCCGAAAAAGCAGAGACCCCCUGGGAACCAAGGUGGAUUAAAGGAAGAAAAACUUCUUCCAUCGCCAGUGAUGAGAGGAGAGCCUUUUAAUCCUGCAAUGAGACCAGACCAUCACAAACACCCGGAUACUAAGCCGUCUCAACCAGGCCACGGCCAACAGAAUGUGAAGUCCAUGGACAGUUCUCGCCCUGUCAUCCGUUCCUCUGAGCCCACUGGGCCGCCUGCCUCUCUGCAAGACAAGGAUAAGCUCAAGCAGGAGGCUAAGGUGCCCAUCGCCCCUAAAAAAGUACAGGAUGUGAAAUUGAAGAAUAUGGGUUCAUGGGCCAGCCUGGCACAGAAGUCCACAUCUACGCCUUUAUCUGCAGUGAAAUCAUCAAGUGACAGUUUUGAGCAGUUUCGUCGUGCUGCUCGGGAAAAAGAGGAGAGAGAGAAAGCUCUGAAGGCCCAAGCUGAGCAGGCAGAAAAAGACCGACUACGCAGGGAGCAGGACAAACUACGAGGUCGGGAUGAGGAGGAUGUCAUAGAGCCAAGCAGAAGGGUGCACGAGGAGCCUCGCCGGCGUCUGGAACAGCACAUCCAAGCCCCUUUGCAACAACAACAGCAGCAGCAGCAGCAGCAGCAGCAGCAGCAGCAACAGGAACUACCAACUGUUGUUCAGCCUCCUCAGCCACCUCCUCAACCUCCACAACCUCCCACACCACCUCAGCCCGCAACGCAGAAUCCACUUGACCAACAGAGGGACCUAGCACGCCGCCGAGAACAGGAGAGGAGGAGGCGAGAAGCGAUGGCAGUGAAUAUUGACAUGAAUUUCCAAAGUGACUUAAUGGCUAUCUUUGAGGAAAACCUGUUUUGAGGAGAGGAGCAACUGAAACAUAACUGCAAAAAAAGAAAAAAAACAAACUGGAAAAGAAACUCUGUUAUACACUUCCGCUGAAGUGAGAGAUGAUCACGCACCACAGAGGAGCAUGGACUGUAUGAAGACAUGACAGACGCUCGAUGGGAUGUCCACAGCUUGCUUUACCCCCCUGAACUGAUCACACCCUACACACGGGGAGUGCCUCACUGUUCCAGGUAUAAUAUCCUGGGGAAUUUGGCACUGACUGCCUGAUGCCUCAUAGCAAGGAGAGGAUGGACCUCUGUUGGCAUGGUUGCCUUUGUCACACUUGCUUCUGUGGACAUGGGUGCAUCAGUAAGAGUAAAGGCAUCCCAAUAACUAUGAAAAUGCUCUGAUAAUGUACUGACAGACUGCGCAGAGGUGUUUUGAAACUGCCAGAUGUCUGAGAUGAUGAAGAGGACUGGUCUUUUAUGUUUUGUUUUGUUGUAAGUGAACAUGAGAUGGUUGGGUUAUAGGGGAGGGGGUGGGU